AUGGACCCAAGUAUGAUGAGCUCGCAGAUGGGACCAACACCCUUCUUUUACUAUACGCCAGACCCCAACCCAGAGAACCGGCAUCACGGCCACUUCAGUCAGCAGCCAGGGUUUCAACAGAUGCAGCAACAGCAGGUAUUCCCUAUUGUACCUACGUUGCCAUCGACGCCGAUCUACUCGAGGCCGAAUUCGUCUUGCUCGCAACAACCUCUACAGGCUAAGGUAUUCGGUGCCGUUCCUAGUAAUAUGACACCUAUGGCGUCGCCACAGGCCAUACAUCGACCAGCUAUUAUGCUGCAAAACCAACCUAUGAAGUUGGCGCUAGAGACUGAGCUUUGCGAUCAUGAUGGCUUCUAUUACCCGGCUACACCGCCCUUGUCAACAUCGGGCAGCUCAAUGGGCAGCCCAUGCAACACAAACGACAUGCUAGCCACACCGCUGAACCCCAUGUUCUCUGGGCUAGAUGGACUUGACGGAUGCGAGAUGGUGAAGCCCGAGGUUGAGACAAUGCCGGAGAGCUUGGAGAAUUUGGAUUGGGCCAACUGCGGCUCACCUCCAUUAACACCUGUUUAUCUCCAAUCGCAAUCCACACAGGCACCUUCAGUCAAUUCUAGCUUCUCAAGCGAUCACCUUUCGCCUACUUCCUGCCCUUCGUUAUCGCCGUCUCCUUCACCAUAUGCACGAUCUGUUGCAUCGGAACAAGACAUUGAUUUUUGCGACCCUCGGAAUCUAACUGUUGGCGGUGUGUCGAACCCCACUCUAUCGUCCGAGUUCACAGCCCCUGUCGCAUUAGAAGAAUUCAGGGGUGACGUUCUCCAAAAACAAUCGCUCCCUGAUAACUUCAACUUCAACACUGAGCUUCAACACGAACUUCCAACUUUCGAGGAUAUCUCAGAUUUGGAAUCCGAAGACGACUUUGUAAACCGCCUAGUUAACAUCAGUGAGCAAUCCGCUGAUUUGAAGAGACCGCGUUCUGGUACUUGCUCUACAACCCUAUCUUUGGGUCACGAGUCCUUCUUCGCGGAGAGUGAUUUCGACACCGAGGACACAGCAGUUUCUGGUCUUUCUAGUCCUGCUAGCUCGUCGGAGUGCGAAUCGCACAAGGAUAAGAAAUUAAAGAAGUCGAAGAAGGAAUCGCGCAAAUCAGUUCCCGCCAUGAACGUCGCUGCUGAUUCCAGCUCCGGUCAGAGCGACGAGCAGCAGCAACAGCAGUCAGCUCAGAAUGAUACCACGCAAGCAAGCAGCAAUGCAGGAUCAUCAUCAGGAUCAAGCGCACCCACUACUCUUCCAGCCCCACCAAACCGCCGAGGCCGCAAGCAAUCAUUAACUGAGGACCCGAGCAAGACUUUUGUUUGCGAGCUAUGCAACCGCCGCUUCCGCCGACAAGAACACCUGAAGCGCCACUACCGUUCUCUGCACACGCAAGAGAAGCCCUUUGAAUGCCACGAGUGCGGGAAGAAGUUCUCCCGAAGUGACAACCUAUCUCAGCACGCGCGAACUCACGGUAGCGGCGCUAUCGUCAUGAAUCUCAUUGAUGGUAGCGAAGAGGGACUCGAAAUGAUGCCGUCUGGGGAGUCGGACUACUCUAAUUACGGAAAGGUGCUUUUCCAAGUCGCGUCCGAGGUUCCCGGUAGCGCUAGCGACUUAUCAUCAGACGAAUCUACCAGUGAGAGCCAGGGCAAGAAGAAGCGCAAGCGAUCUGAGUAA